AUGGAAGAUGCUAGGAGAUUAUUUGAUGAAAUGCCCCUCAAGGAUGUUUUUGUGUGGACUACAUUAGUUUCAGGUUAUGCGAAGUGUGGGGAUAUGAAAUCAGCUACUGAACUUUUCAAUCAGAUGCCUCAGAAGAAUUCUAUCUCUUGGACAUCUUUGAUUGGUGGUUAUGCCAAAUUGGGUUUGGGUCAUGACGCACUUGAAGUAUUUAGAAGGAUGAUCAUGCAUCAUGCUAAACCAGAUCAAUUCACAUACAGUAGCUGCCUAUCUGCUUGUUCAAACAUUGCUUCAUUCAAACUUGGGAGACAAAUACACGCUCAUCUAGUUCGAAAUAACAUCAGAAUUAAUAAUAUUGUUGUUAGUGCUAUUAUUGACAUGUAUUCAAAAUGUGGCAACAUAGAAAAUGCCAAGCAAGUAUUCCAUGUCGUGGGAGACAAGCAAGAUGUGGUGAUUUGGAACACCACGGUUGCUGCAUUAGCUCACCAUGGUUAUGCUAUAGAACUUAUGGAUGAGAGAGAUGUGAAAAAAGAAUGGGCCAUUAGCUGGAUAGAAAUUGACAAUGGGGUCCAUGUUUUUACUGUAUCAGAUGCAUCACAAUCGCUGAAGGAAGCCAUACACUCAGUUUUGGGUCAUUUGGGUAGCCAGAUGGAUGACAAUGUCUCAUUACCGAAGAUUGCCUUGUGA